UUUUGUCCAGGGAAGGCAGGCCCGACCUACGCAAGCCUUCGUGUCGCCAUGGCAGCAGGAACGCGCUGCUCCGUAAAAGUGCGGGCUAGCCAGGAAGAUGCUGAACCAAACCGGCCGAUAAUUUAUGAGGUGGCCCUGAGUCGGAUCUUCUAGGGAAUCUGAAGAUGGGGACUCAAGUGGUUAUGAGAGUCUGUAACUCCUCUCUGCCUGGAGCGCCCUCUCAACAGCUACAGGCCUAUGUGGCCUGGGUGAAUGCCCAGCUGAAGAAGAGGCCAUCCGUGAAGCCUGUGCAGGACCUGCGACAGGAUCUCCGAGAUGGAGUGAUCCUGGCCUAUCUCAUCGAGAUUGUUGCAGGAGAAAAACUGAGCGGAGUACAGUUGAGUCCCAGUAACCAACAAGAGAUGAAGAACAAUGUGGAGAGGGUCCUACAGUUUGUGGCUUCCAAAAAGAUUCGUAUGCACCAGACUUCGGCUAAAGAUAUUGUGGAAGGAAACCUGAAGUCUAUCAUGAGGCUGGUCCUUGCCUUGGCAGCUCAUUUUAAACCUGGCUCUAGCAGGACGGUGAGCCAGGGGCGAGACUCCAGAACCUCUGUGCAGAGUCAUCAACCACACUGUGCCACCGCUGUGGCCCAAGGGGCAGCGGCUGCUCUGGCUGAUGUGUGCCAUGACAUGUCCCGGUCAGGACGGGAUGUCUUCAGAUACAGACAGAGGAAUGCCAGUGUGGAUGAGGAGAUCGAGAACCCAUACUGGAGUGUGCGAGCACUUGUGCAGCAAUACGAAGGCCAGCAAAGGUCCCCAUCUGAGUCCAGCUGCUCCAGUCUGACUUCACCCAGUCCAAUCCACAGUGCAAAGAGCGAAUCCAUUAUAACCCAGUCAGAGGAAAAGGCCGAUUUUGUGAUUAUUCCCUCUGAAGGAAUAGAGAACAGAACAGACGAGACAGGCUCUCCAUUAUCCCGAGACUGGAGGCCGGGGAGCCCAGGAACCUACCUGGAAGCCACAUGGGAAGAACAGCUGUUGGAGCAACAAGAACACUUGGAAAAAGAAAUGGAGGAAGCCAAGAAAAUGAUUUCAGGACUACAGGCCUUGCUACUCAAUGGCUCUCUCCCGGAGGAUGAACAGGAAAGACCGGUGGCCCUCUGUGAACCAGGAGUCAAUCCCGAGGAACAGCUGAUUAUAAUCCGAAGCCGUCUGGAUCAAAGUAUGGAGGAGAAUCAGGACCUUAAGAAAGAACUGCUGAAAUGCAAACAAGAAGCCAGAAACUUACAGGGGAUAAAGGAUGCCUUGCAGCAGAGGUUGACUCAGCAGGACACAUCCGUUCUUCAGCUCAAGCAAGAGCUGCUGAGGGCAAAUAUGGAUAAGGAUGAGCUGCACAACCAGAAUGUGGAUCUGCAGAGGAAGCUAGACGAGAGGAACCGGCUCUUAGGAGAAUAUAAAAAAGAGCUGGGACAGAAGGACCGCCUUCUUCAACAGCAGCAGGCCAAGUUGGAAGAUGCUCUUCGGAAACUCUCAGACGCCAGUUACCAGCAGGUGGAUCUAGAACGGGAGCUAGAGCAAAAAGAUGUCCUUCUGGCUCACCGCAUGAAAGGAGACACAGAUGAGGUGACAAAUUACAACAGUCACAGCUCUCAGCGCAAUGGCUUUGUCCUUCCGGUGGCAGGGAGAGCCGCCACUACUGCCACCCACAGAGGGCCACAGAGCAGUGACCUCCAGCUCGUCCGAGAUGCUCUCCGCAGCCUGCGAAACAGCUUCAGUGGUCACGACCCUCAGCAUCACACCAUUGACAGCCUGGAGCAGGGAAUCUCCAGCCUCAUAGAGCGUCUGCAUGUCAUAGAGACACAGAAGAAACAGGAAAGGAAGGUUCGGGGGCGGUCACCCAGAAAUCAAGCAAGCAGUGAAUAUCGAGCCUCCUGGCCCCCCAAUUCCACGUUGCCUCACUCCCAGAGCUCCCCGGCCGUCAGCAACACCUGCACUAAAGUGCUCUACUUCACGGACCGCUCACUCACGCCCUUCAUGGUCAAUAUACCAAAGAGGCUGGGGGAGGUGACACUGAAGGACUUUAAAGCAGCUAUUGAUCGAGAAGGGAGUCACCGGUACCACUUCAAAGCACUGGAUCCCGAGUUUGGCACUGUCAAAGAGGAGGUUUUCCAUGAUGAUGAUGCCAUCCCUGGAUGGGAAGGGAAAAUCGUAGCCUGGGUAGAAGAUCAUAGAGAGAAUUAACUGGACCUGGACACUCCCUGGCUGCUUCUCUCAGGAAAGAGGACUAACACCAGAGGACACUGAGAAGUUUCUAAUUCGUGCUGCCAAAAAGAAGCUUCUUCAAGUAUGAUGGUCACGGACCAGUCCUGUUUGUGUGCCUGGCGUAUCUGGUACUUCAAAUCUCUGUCCAAAACGUAGGAGUAUGGGUUCAUCUGGAGCUCCUUGUCGGUGGGAACAGUGUUUUCUUCUACUCUGAGGACAUCAAACCGAAGGCCUUAACCACCAGGGAAGGAUGACCCCUCUCUCGUAGGGGCAUGGCUGCUAUGAUCUGAACCUGGAGUGGAAGCAUCACUCCGUCGGUUGGCCUUGAUGGUUGCAGCAAUCAGAGCCCAGCAUUUGUGCUUACAGACAAGGCAGAGGUACCAACUUUGCUGCUUCUUUGCAGACACUGCAAACCAGGAGUGACUUGUGAGGUGGUACCAAAGAUGAGAGCCUAAAUGCAUAACUGGCCUGGACGUGAACGAUACUGACUUGUUGACUGGGUGGGGAGAGGGCCGCCCAUAUUGUGCUAUACUACGCCAAAACCAUAACUCAGACCUUGGGCUGCCUCCUGUUUUUAACUGGCUCUGCAGCUUGUCCUUAGCCCACUGCGGGCAUUUUUCACAUGCUGUUGGUUUUCUCUGGGGACUCUUUAACUUUAGAGCCAUUUUAUUUUUCUCCAAACAGAUAAACCUUGUGUUUGAAAAGGAUGAGAGAAGCGAGAGGCUCCUUAAGAAUCCA